AUGAAAGAAAUUGGAACAUUCAACGACGAAAAAGUACCAUCACACAAGCGCAAGCUUUUUAAUCAGAAAGGUUGUGAUGAAAAAGAGUACCCAAACGUUCGUGACAAGACCGGUGACGAUGAGCAAACGCAAGGGAAGCGCUUGAAAGCUGAAUCCAAACCAGAUGACACUGUCAAGACUUCGAAACGACAAAGCUACUUGUCUUGGGACGAAUAUUUCCUCUCUAUCGCACUGCUGAGUUCAAAACGAUCAAAGGAUCCAGAUUCGCCGUCUGGUGCUUGCAUUGUUGAUAAGUAUAACCGAGUUGUUGCUGUCGGGUACAAUGGGUUCCCGAAAGGCUGCUCAGACACCAUAUUUCCAUGGCAGACUGGAAAAUCGAAGACAGACCUUCACAGUAAAGAGCCCUAUGUCUGUAACUCGAUCACAAACGCAAUCUGUAACAAAUGCAGCGAUGAUGUAGCCGGAUGCCGACUUUACGUGAUGUCUUUUCCUGGUAGUGAUGACGCAAAAGUUAUCAUCCAAUCUCGGAUAAAGGAGGUUGUUAUACUUCAAACCAGAGAGACUCUCGACUUUGAAUCACCGAGUUGUGAUGAACAAGCCAGUCGUAUUCUUUUGGAUAUGGCAAAUGUUCGAGUAAGAUAUUACAAACCUUCCAUACCUUCAAUUACGCUCAAUUUCUUGGCCGAGUCCUCGUCGAAUCUGAUUGAUAAGCCAUCUCAAGAACCAUCGCACAAUGAUUUGCUUGCCAUCUCGACAUCACAAAAAGAAAGUAGAGCUAGUCAGUUGUUGUUGGAGGAAGCCAAGUACGACGUAUCCAAUAUUCCUGACAAUGGUAGAAGAAAAGAUUAUAUCUCUUGGCAAGAUUAUUUUAUGGCUAUGGCAUUUUUGACAGCUGAGCGCUCGAAAGAUCCCAAUACCCAAGUUGGUGCCUGCAUCGUUGACUCAGAGAAACGGAUCAUAGGGUUGGGCUAUAAUGGCUUCCCACAAGGGUGUUCUGACCUCCAGCUGCCGUGGGCGAGGGGCAACAAGAAUCCUCUAGACAACAAAUACCUUUAUGUUUGCCACGCCGAAGUUAAUGCUAUUAUGAACAAAGGGAGCGCCAAUGUGAAGGGCUCUACAAUAUUUGUUGCCCUGUUUCCAUGCGAGAACUGUGCGAAGAUGAUAAUCCAAUCAGGGAUCAAAGAAGUUGUGUACAUGAGCGAUUGCUACCACGAUACGGAUGGAGCCAGAGCUAGUAGAAUUAUGUUUCAGUGUGCAAAUGUGACCCUUAGGCAAUACGUUCCGACAAUGCAAGAGCUUAUUCUGGAUUUGACCAUGGGGAAUCAAUACGGAGCGAAGUAG